AUGUCGCAACAAUUAGGCAGGAGAGAAAGAUCUCGGUCUCCCAAUAGGAGUCGCAAUAGGAUUAAGGAUAAUCACGAUGGCACUAAAAUAAUGGAGGUACCAAAUGCAAUAAAUCCUAUGAUGAUACAAAAUAUGUUUCCUCAAGGUAAUAUGAUGAUGGGUGGAAUGUAUAAUAUGAUGAUGCAAAACAGCAUGAUGGCUGGGGGUAUAAUGCCACCCCCUGCUAUGGGAACCUCUGCCUUACCCAACGCGCCUGCAAAUAUAGAUAUGAGUAUGAUGGGAGGUGUCAUGAUGGAUCCAACAGUGAUGGCAAUGUAUCAGAACAUAACACCAAAUGUAUUACAAGAAAAAAAGGAAAUUGUGUUUAAACACUGUAAAUUAAUACCACCUGCACCAGGAUCAUCUGAACCACCUAAAAGAACAAGACCUCCUGGAUGUAGAACAAUCUUUGUUGGAGGCCUACCAGACAAAAUAAGGGAGAGUGUUGUGAGAGAUGUGUUUGAAAAUUAUGGUAGGAUCCAGAUCUUGCGUUUGUCAAAAAAGAACUUCUGCCACAUACGUUUUGAUAGAGAAAGUUGUGUAGAAGCUGCUAUGGUUAUAUCAGGAUAUAGAAUAAAGCUAAUAAAUCGGGAUAGUGAUAUGGAUGAAGAUGACGAUGAUGAUGAGGCACAGGGAACUAAUGGAUGGUUGCAUGUUGACUAUGCUUUGAGUAGAGAUGAUCAAAAUGAAUAUGAGAGGCGACAGAGACAGGCUUUGAGGGUGCAGCAGCAAAUGCAACAAUUAUCAGCUCAGCAGGAACUAGCUGAUAAUAGUAUGAACUUCCAGCCCCGCUCUCCAUCUCCUGUUAGGCUACAGCCAUUUUCAAAUGCUGCCAUAACACAAUUAGCUGAAAAAAUUAAAAGUGAAGAGGCAUUUGCUCCAACACUUCCAGUAAGUGAACAUUUUACUCAAUCACCCUUAAAAGCAACCUUAACCGCAAAAGCAAAUUUAAAAAAAAUGAAACUGAGUUCCUGA